GUAAACAUGUCAUGUUUGAAUGGAACAUUUUAAACCGCGUGUUGUUUCGAUACUGUCGACAUCUAAAAUUAUUAUUGUUUGUAUUUCAUAUUAAAUUAUUCUCCGGAAAUAUCAUUAAUUGGAGAUGAAGGUGCAGCAGACGAAUAAAAAGUUGAAGAGUAAAACCAGUAAGCGAAAUGAAAAAACAUCAAAAAAGCGCAAACUGGAAGAACUGGAUGCCUCCUCCGAGGAUGAGGGAAUUGAAUUAAAAGAUACCAGAACAUCCGAUGAACCAGUACCCAAAAAGACUAAAUGGAUUAACAAACAACGAGUGCUGGUAUUGUGCGCACGCGGUAUCAAUCAUCGUGACCGCCAUCUGAUGAAGGAUUUGAAAUCGUUGAUGCCUCACCACCGCUCGGAACCGAAAAUGGAACGCUGGAAGACCUUAUCAGUGGUGAACGAGAUGAGUGAAAUGAAACAUUGCAAUAAGGUGGUGCUAUUCGAAGGACGUCGAAAACGGGAUCUAUAUAUGUGGCUUGCAAAUGUUAACGAAGGACCAUCGGUAAAAUUUUUGAUUGAAAACGUCAAUACCAUGGGUGAAAUGAAACUGACAGGCAACUGUCUGCGAGGGUCUCGCCCCAUACUUUCCUUCGAUCAGGAAUUUACCAAGCAACCGCACAUGGCCGUGAUCAAAGAAUUGCUAACGCAAAUUUUUGGUGUUCCCAACCAUCACCCUAAAAGCCAACCCUUCGUUGAUCGUGUUAUUAGUUUUACAUGUUUGGAUAACCGCAUUUGGUAUCGCCACUUCCAGAUCCUGUCGGAGGACGGUGGAUUAGCGGAAAUCGGACCCCGAUUUGUGUUAAAUCCGAUCCGUAUUUUCGAUGGAUCCUUUUGUGGUAAUCCGAUCUGGGAGAACCCGACCUAUCAAAGUCCUGCUAAGCAUCGCCAACUACUGCGUAAGGCUGCCAAAGAUAAGUAUCUAAAUAAGCAGAAGCAAAAGAUUGAUCAGGUGGUAAACGCACCUAAACAAACCCACGAUUUUGAUCCACAUGCCGAUGUUUUUCAAGGGGAUCUUCGUAAAAAGGCACAGGAACUGGUUAAGAAGGAUAACCAAUCACACACAAAGGAAGCCAAACGGAAGGCUAUCGAUGAACAGCAUGCUCAUAUGAGUAAAAAAGAAGAAAUGCGAAAACUUAAGAAACUGGUUCAGGUGAAAAAGGUCGGAAAGGCUGUACAAAACAAAAAGAAUAAAACGAAAAAGGUGAAUUUAAAAGCGAAAGAUAGUAACAAAACAAAACCGCGGUUUCUGAGAAGUGAGUGAGACCCGUUUUCAGAAUAUUUCUCAUAAAUAAUAUACGUUUCAAAUCGA